CCGCCGCCGUUGCCGCUGCUGUGUGCGCCCUCCCCGCCCCCUGUGCGCCCGGCCGGCAGCGCCUCGGAUCUCCCCGGCUGCCCCAUGAAGCGAUGGCAGCGGCCAACUUCGGCAAGAUCCAGAUAGGGAUCUACGUGGAGAUCAAGCGCAGCGAUGGUCGAAUUCACCAAGCUAUGGUAACAUCUCUAAAUGAAGAUAAUGAAAGUGUGACUGUUGAAUGGAUUGAAAAUGGAGAUACUAAAGGCAAAGAGAUUGACUUGGAGAGCAUAUUUUCACUUAAUCCAGAUCUUGCACCUGAUGAAGAUAUUGAACCUAGUCCAGAGACACCACCACCACCUACUCCUUCAGCCAAAGUAAACAAAAUUGUGAAGAGUCGACGUACUGUGGCACCAAUUAAGAAUGACACCCCUGCCAGAGAUAACAGAGUGGUUGGUUCUGCACGUGCACGGCCUACUCAGCUUCCUGAGCAGUCUUCCUCCUCACAACAGAAUGGUAGUGUUUCAGAUAUAUCACCAGUUCAAGCUGCAAAAAAGGAAUUUGGACCCCCUUCACGUAGAAAAUCUAAUUGUGUAAAAGAGGUUGAAAAAUUGCAAGAGAAACGUGAAAAAAGGCGGUUACAGCAGCAAGAACUUAGAGAAAAAAGAGCUCAGGAUGUUGAUGCUACAAACCCAAAUUAUGAAAUUAUGUGUAUGAUAAGAGAUUUCAGGGGAAGUUUGGAUUAUAGACCACUGACAACUGCAGAUCCUAUUGAUGAACACAGGAUAUGUGUUUGUGUACGAAAACGACCACUCAAUAAAAAAGAAACUUUAAUGAAAGACCUUGAUGUAAUAACAAUUCCUAGUAAAGAUGUUGUGAUGGUACAUGAGCCAAAACAAAAGGUGGAUUUAACAAGGUACCUAGAAAACCAAACUUUUCGUUUUGAUUAUGCCUUUGAUGACACGGCUCCUAAUGAAAUGGUUUACAGGUUUACAGCGCGACCAUUAGUGGAGACAAUAUUUGAAAGGGGAAUGGCCACAUGUUUUGCAUAUGGGCAAACAGGCAGCGGAAAAACCCAUACUAUGGGUGGUGACUUUUCAGGAAAGAACCAAGAUUGUUCUAAAGGAAUAUAUGCACUUGCAGCUCGAGAUGUGUUUUUAAUGCUAAAGAAGCCAAAUUAUAAGAAGUUAGAACUUCAAGUAUAUGCAACAUUUUUUGAGAUCUACAGUGGUAAGGUUUUUGACUUGUUGAACAGGAAGACAAAAUUAAGAGUAUUAGAAGAUGGUAAACAGCAAGUUCAAGUGGUGGGAUUACAGGAACGGGAAGUCAAAUGUGUUGAAGAUGUUCUGAAGCUUAUUGAAAUAGGCAACAGCUGCAGGACAUCUGGUCAGACGUCUGCAAAUGCACACUCAUCUCGAAGCCAUGCAGUAUUUCAGAUUAUUCUCAGAAGGAAAGGGAAGUUGCAUGGUAAAUUUUCUCUGAUUGAUUUGGCUGGAAAUGAAAGAGGAGCAGAUACUUCCAGUGCAGACAGGCAGACACGGCUGGAAGGUGCUGAAAUUAACAAGAGCCUUUUAGCACUCAAGGAGUGCAUUAGAGCCUUAGGCCGAAAUAAACCUCAUACACCAUUCAGAGCAAGUAAACUUACUCAGGUGCUAAGAGAUUCAUUCAUAGGAGAGAACUCCCGUACCUGUAUGAUCGCUACAAUUUCUCCAGGAAUGGCAUCAUGUGAAAACACUCUAAAUACAUUGAGAUACGCAAAUAGAGUGAAGGAACUGACAGUUGAUCCUAGUGCUGCAGGAGAUACCCGUCCAAUUAUACACCAUGCUCCAAAUCAGAUUGAUGACUUAGAGACACAGUGGGGUGUAGGGAGCUCUCCUCAGAGGGAUGAUCUCAAACUACUUUGUGAACAAAACGAAGAGGAGGUUUCUCCACAAUUGUUUACUUUCCAUGAAGCUGUGUCGCAGAUGGUAGAAAUGGAAGAGCAAGUUGUUGAAGACCACAGAGCUGUCUUUCAGGAAUCUAUUAGAUGGCUUGAAGAUGAAAAAGCUCUUCUUGAGAUGACAGAAGAAGUAGACUAUGAUGUGGAUUCUUAUGCUACCCAACUUGAAGCAAUUCUUGAGCAAAAAAUUGAUAUUCUGACCGAACUUCGAGAUAAAGUGAAAUCUUUCCGGGCAGCUCUACAAGAGGAGGAACAGGCCAGUAAACAGAUCAAUCCGAAAAGACCACGUGCCCUUUGAAAUGGGCUUUUGCUGCUAAAGGAAUCCACGAAACUGCUGUAGCACACAUUUGUUACAAAACCCAGUGGCUGUAAGAACUCAACUACUUGAAAGUGUAAAAACUUUAGAAAUGUCUGUGGAAAUGUCCUGUUUCUUAUUCACCUGAAUGACAUUUUCAGUUUUGUGUGAAAUGCUCCUAUGAUGUCUACAAAAUGCUUCUAGACCAGACAGCACAACCAUGCAGGGUUCAGAUCUGUGAAGCACUUUGUUUAAAAUAUUUCAUUUAUUCAAAUUGUGAAUUUUAUGUUUUGGAAAUAUUUGCCAUGUUUUUAAUAAUGAAGUAAAACUGUGGCCAUUAAAAAUGUCACAGUAUUUCCUUUUAACUAUGUUCAGUUUUGCUACAAAACCAGCUGUGCAGUUUUAAAUUGUGUUUGCGUGCAUGCACACCUCACUAGUGGUUGUACAUAACUUCUCUUCUACAGAUGGCUGUGCUCACCUUUUCCCAUUCUGUGCCUUGAUGAAGGCUACUUAACCCUAAACAUCCUCUUUUAUGAAGCACAGCCUUAAUAAACAACAUUCCUUAUUUGUCAAUGUAAAUUACUCUUAGUGUGUGUACAUUUUUAAUGUGUUUUGAGACUUUUUUUUUUUUUUGGUGGCUAGUUCAUUUCACAGGAUGUGCCAUAUCAUUUGAACAGGAACUGCAAGAGCUGUUACAGUGGACAAACAGCUGGACAUUCCAUCCUCCUUGUAAAAAUCUGGAAUCUAGAUUUAUUUGAAUACCAUAAAGAGUGGCUAUAUAAUUCUAACAUUUUCUCUGUAAAAAAAAAAAAAAAAGAAAAAGAAAAAAAAGAAAAAAAAAUAUAAAUUAGUUGAUGUAUAAUAAAAGGUAAUGUUAAAGUACUGAAGAGAGUUGUAUCUUAGGGUAAUGCAGAUAUACAAUAUGUGGUAUAGUGUGAUAAUGCUGUCAGAAUAAAGGUGCAGUCUGACCUCUACAUACAGUUAGGAUAACUGUCAGAGUUCAGGGAUCCUGCUAAAGAAAUCCAUAGUACCCUUUUACAUACUGUUAAAAUUUGGCUUUUGAUGCAUGACAGACUUACAUGUACAUUAACUGUAGUUUGCAGGUAGUUGAGUAGUUCUGUUGCUUUAAAGAAAGUAGCUAAUACCUAUUUUUCCUUUUGUGCAGUGCCAGCAGCUAAAAAGUGAGGUGAAAUUACAUUAUUUGAGGAUUUGCACAGUACUUCUACCUAGUGUUAAUAGAAAUCCCAGAAGUACCCGAAUUCUCACAAAUGGUGCCAUGUGUGUUGGCACUUUUUAGGUGGUGGCACUCAUUUUUUGCAAGUCUGUAUCCCCGAAAGAUUGACCUUUCCUGUAAGAACUUCUUGUCAAAUGAAGAAUUGUAGACCUCUCUAGGAGUUCUCCCUGUUUCCAGGAGUUUGUAUCAGCAGACUUUCCCUUGGAACUUUUUAAAAAGCACUUUUGGAAUAUAAGCCUGUUUGUGCCAGGGCUGAAGGGAAAUUAAGGGAAGGCAGUGAAAAGAGAGUUAAAUGAGCCAGGAAUUCUCGUAGUGUUUAAUGUUUGUAUCUCCCAUAGGAAGGUAGGCUAUGGGAAGCUUUUGUCACAUCAUGGUUUAAAAAAAAAAGCAAAAAACCUCUUAUGUGUAAACAUGAAAACUGAAACAACCAUGUAGAUUUUACACAAUGUGUUUAAUAAAUUAAGCUAUUAAAAUGAAUUACAGAUGGGAAUUUACUUCUAUGCAAGUUAUAUUUUGCUUUGGGAAGGGUUUUAAGAGUUUGUAAACAUGUCUGAGUUACAUUUUACAAAAUAUUUCAAAGGCCUCUGAUUUCAGAAUGAUUAUUUACUUUUGGAAAUGACCAUUCUGUGCAAGCUUGUAAUUUAGGAAGAAGUUCCCUGAAGCAUUUUGCUGACCGUAGUAACUGUAGAUAGUACAGUUACUUUUUAAAUCCUCCAAAGGAAGAGAGGCAGUUAAGAGUUCAGGAGCUUUUUACUAAGCUUUUUAAAUAAUCUAUCUAGUCCUGUCAAGCAGCAGAUAUAAAACUGUGCCUCUAGCAGGAGGGAUGUUAAGAAACAGGCUGUGUUACAGGCCUGUGCUAUAAAGAUGAGCUCAACACCAAUACUGAAACAGUGAGAAUUUAGAUACGAAAGUAACGUGGCUCUUUGUGGCACUUCAUGUCCUGCAGCCCAUUGCUAUGAUGGACUGGUAUUACUUGAAUUGGACACAGAAGAGCAUUUGUUUUUGAUCCUGUAAAAGCAUUUGAAAGUAUUUUGAGAAGUGUGACCCAGAUCUCUACCAUGUGUUUCUUCUAUAUUGGUCUUGGCAUAUUUCUGUGCUUACUUAUCAUCAUUCAUAAAUGUAUUCUGUAUGCAGGGAAGUAGCACUAGAAUCAUGACAUUAUAAAUUAAAUGAGCAUUUCAGUUUUCCAAGC